AGUAAGCGAUUCGAUCCGAUCGAUCCGUUUCGAUUCUUAUUCGAUUAUCCAAUCAGAGAGCAUUCGCUUUCCCAUUCCCAUUCGCAUUCGCAUUCGCAUUCACAUCCCCAUCCAAGUCCAUGGCGCAGAUGGAGCAGCAGCUGGAGCAGCAUGUGCCACAGAUGGCCAUCAGUGCCAGCACGCAGGAGCUGGCUGCCUUGAUCGAUGCCCAUUUGGGUGCACUGCGCUCGCCGUCGCCCGCCUGGCGUGUGGGCGACUCUCCCAUAUCGGGGCGUGGCGUGUUCGCCGCGCGCAACAUUGAGAAGGGCGAGGAGCUGUUCCGCGAGCACACGCUCCUGGUGGGACCCACCGCGCAUCGUGGCCGCAAUUUGCGCACCUGCAUCCACUGCUACCACCAGCCGCCGGGCGAGAGCGAGGAGUCGGCGCUCUGCAGCGCCGGCUGCGGCCUGCCCGUCUGUCCGGACUGUGCGCCCUCUGAGCGGCACGCCGUCGAGUGCCAGCUCUUCCGGAAAUGGCAGCCCAAGCACUUGAGCAUCAUUGAGCCGCGCGCCCUGCGCAUCCUCAGCGUGGUGCGCUGCUUCUUCCUCAGCGAGCCGCAGCGCCAGCUGCUCUACGCGAUGCAGGCGAACACCGACCGCUACUACAUGCGCGAGGUGCAGCGGGCCGCCGAGUGCUUCGAGCACUUUCCGCGCGAUCCGGACAUGCUCGAGUACUUCUAUCGCACGGUCUGCGCCUUCAAUACGAACGCCUUCGAGAGUCGCUGCCACAUCGAUGGCCAGGAGGUGGUCACGCGCGCCCUCUUCCCGCUGGCCGGGCUGCUCAACCACCAGUGCACGCCGAAUGCGGCGCACCACUUCGAGGAUGGCGAGACCAUCGUGGUCACGGCCACCGAGCGCAUCCCGGCGGGUGCCGAGAUCACCAUGUCCUACACGAAGCUCCUCUGGUCCACGCUCGCGCGCAAAAUCUUUCUCGGCAUGACGAAGCACUUCAUGUGCCAGUGUCCGCGCUGUCAGGAUCCCACGUUUUUGCGUUUAAUACUCUCUGAGGGCGUCGCUGUCGCAGUCGCUGCCUCGGCUGGCGCUGGCGUUGCUGCUGCUGCUGCUGCUGUUGCUGCCCAGCUGCUCGCCUGGUCUUGUCGCCAGUCGCCAAUCGCCAACACUCGCAACCGAACGUCGCGUCGCGUUGCCACGACGCGUUGUCAUCUCAGUGCUUUGCCUGCCUUGCGCUGCAACAUUCUGCCGAUCCUGGCCAGGCGCACCCACAGAGCCGGAGCGAGACACAGGGAUACUGUGUGCGUGCGUGUGUGUGUGUGUGUGUGAGAGAGAGUGAGAGCGACAGAUAGUGCGAGAGUGUGAGAGGGAGACAGGGGGAGCCAGAGAGAGCAUGGUGGAGCGCAUUAAUACAACGGCCGCCAUGGUCGCCCACAUGGCGCCCAGUCGCAGCACCACGCCGGACCAGCUGGCCCGCCUCAUCGACGUGCACCUGGGCGAGCUGCGCGAGGAGCUGCCCAACUGGACGCUGGCGCCAUCGCCCGUCGCCGGCCGUGGAGUGUUCGCCACCCGGGAUAUUGCCGCCGGCGAGCUAAUCUUCAGGGAGCGCGCCCUGGUCGUCGGGCCAACUGCGCGCAAGGGCUCCCAGCUGAACACAUGCGUCUGCUGCCAUCGGCUGCUGGGUGCCAAGCAGUUCCUCUGCCCGCAUCGCUGCACGCUGCCCGUGUGCGGCGAGUGCGCCGAUUCGGAGGCGCACCACAAUGAGUGCGCGCACUUUCAGCGCUGGCAGCCGAAGGAUCUGAGCGAGGAGUGCAAGGAGUUGUCGCCGACGGGCGAGCCAGUGGACGUGGUGAAUCCGCUUUCGCUGCGCAUCCUGACCGCCGUGCGCGUCUUCUACCUCAGCAAGGAGCAGCGCGCCCUGG